AUGAAGACAACCAUCCUGCGCCUGGCACGGGCACAACGCCUUUGCGGCUCGCCUGCGUCCAGUCAAUUCGGCUCAAGAACUGGGCUGCGAUCUUUUUCGUCAUCCCCAGUCGCAGCUUCGGGCCUCCGAGAGCUUUUGUCUGUGUCAGAGGAAGUCGCGGAGGCCGUUGCGACAAACAAGCCCGUGGUGGCUCUUGAAUCCACCAUCUACACACAUGGCAUGCUAGGAAACGACCUGGCCAAGCAGCACCUCGACUUGGUGCGCAGCCACGGUGGUGUCCCUGCCGUCAUUGCAAUCGUCGAUGGACGUCCCAAGGCCUCUCGGAGAGACAUUGCAUAUCUGGUGGGAAUGGGUCUGAAUGGACGCAAGAUCCAUGGCGGUACGACCAUCGCUGGCACUAUGCUCCUGGCCAAAGCAGCUGGAAUCCGCAUCUUUGGCACUGGUGGUCUCGGUGGUGUUCAUCGUGGCGGCGAAAACACCAUGGAUAUCUCCGCCGAUCUGACAGAGCUAGGACGCACCCGAGUCGCCGUCAUUGGCAGUGGGUGCAAAGGCUUCCUCGACCUUGCCCGAACUCUCGAGUUCCUCGAGACGCACGGCUGCCUGGUGUCGACCUUUGCGGACGGGCGAGAGGGCAGUGUCGACUUUCCAGCCUUUUGGGCCCGGGAGAGCGGGAUCAAGAGCCCGUCCACUGUGUACACGGAAAAGGAGGCGGCUUCCAUUAUCUAUGCCCAAGAAAAGCUCGGCAUCGAAUCGGGCAUGUUUUUCGCCAACCCCAUCUCCGAAGAACACGGCAUUCCCGCGUCCGAGAUGCAAGCCGUCAUUGAACAGGCUGUCAGAGAAGCCAAUGAAAAGGGCUUCACCGGCAAUAACAACACACCCUAUAUCCUGGGCCGCCUCAGGGAGCUCACGUCUGAAAAGACUGUGGUUGCCAACAAAGCCCUCGUGCACUCCAACAUCAUCCGGGCCACCAAGGUUUCUGUGGAGCUGUCACGCCUGCUGUCGUCCAGCGCAAACCAGACCGGCAGCUCACCAUUGUUGCAUCAGCCCGUCUUUGCCAGUCCCCGCCCCACGGAAGCGAAAGCUAAGCCAGUACCCGUAGCGACCCCUACGUCAGAUAUCCUUGUUGCCGGAUCUGUGGCGGUUGACCUGGGCUGUGAUUUCUCGAGCCCCAAAUCAGGAGAUGUGUCGCCUCAGUCGCACGUGUCGAAUCCGUCUCGCAUUAGCCAGUCUAUCGGAGGCGUUGGCCGUAACGUGGCUGUGGCCGCCCACCUGGCCAGUGGGGGCUCUGGAGUCCAAUUCUGCAGCAUGGUGGGUGAUGACGUUGCUGGUCAAACUGUCCUCACCUCUCUGGAAACGUCCGGUCUAAGCACCUCAUCAAUCCUGAAACUCGACCACCAGACACAUCCAGAGGGACGUACCGCGCAAUAUGUUGCUAUUAAUGAUGGAAACAAAGAUUUAGUGCUUGCGAUGGCUGAUAUGAAUAUUUUUUCCAAGAAUUCAUUCUCGGAUCACUGGCGCUCUACAGUCGCCUCGUCAAAGCCAAAGUGGCUUGUGGUCGACGGCAACUGGGCUCCUCCAGAAAUUAGAAACUGGAUCAGAAGCGGUGGAGAGAAUGGUGUUAAAGUUGCGUUUGAGCCAGUCUCGGCAGAAAAGUCAAAGGGACUCUUCUGCCCUGAACGUGGCCUUCCGAGACUCAACCUGUAUCCUGAACCUAGCGUCAACCUGGCCUCUCCCAACACAUAUGAGCUCGCUGCAAUGCACUCCGAGGCCAAGGAGAACGGCUACUUCGAGACAAUGGAUUGGUUUGAAGUUAUCGAUGCCUUUGGAAUGAGAGGCGCUCGCGAUCGAUUCGUUCACCUUACUUCUGCAGAGCUUACCGACGCCGGCGUCCCUAUUCAAACCAUUCAGCUUCUUCCAUAUAUUCCAACCAUCCUAACCAAGCUGGGAUCCAAGGGCGUUCUCAUGACGGCCAUCUUGGGCAAAGAUGACCCCCGUCUGCGAGAUAGAGAUGAGGAGGAGUUCAUCUUGACUCGCUCGCCACCCCUGCACCCGGUAGUAGGCGGAGUUUACAUGCGCCUGUUCCCGCCUGUGGAGACUGUGAAAGAAAUUGUAUCUGUCAAUGGCGUUGGAGAUACAUUCCUUGGUGUAUUGAUUUCCGGGCUUGCACAGGGUGGCAGGGUUGACAAGCUGGUGGAUGUGGCCCAGCGUGGUGCUGUCUUGACGCUGAAGAGCACAGAAUCUGUCAGUCCCAAUUUAGGUGGCCUGGCAGAAGCAGUGCAAAAUGCAUCAAAACGGUGA